AUGCGCAGCAUUUGUGCUUCAAAGAUCCGCUGGCCCGGUGAGCACCCGAGAAGCCUGCGCCUCAGAUUUUGGAAGUGGGAAUUUUUUCUCCAGCAUGAGAAGCCGAAGUUCCAAAGUGGGCGAUCCUACUCAAACAAACUUCGCAUGCGCAAGCUCAUCCUUGCAUUCAGUUUUUUGUCUGUUCGGCUCCUAGCCGGUGCUGGUGUUGGGGCUGUGGUCAAAGUGGAUUGGAUUUUGACUGUGGAAAGAGCGAAUUGGGCAAACAUUGGUUGCACCUUCGAGGUUGACCUCUGUGGGUGGUCCUCUGGUUUUGAGAACCAGAAGAACCAGUGGGGCACCGUGCGGGGCCAAACCGCAACAAGUGAAACUGGGCCGCCAGAAGGGGCUUUCGAGGGGGACUGGUGCAUUUACACGGAAGCUUCUGCAACUUUCAACGAGGCCUUUAUCCUGACAUCUCCGAUGUUUGAGCGCAACAACGUAACAAGGCAGUUUGGCUUUGCCUAUAACAUGUGCGGCGUAAACAUGGGAAGCUUGCGGUUGGAGUCUUUGGGCAGCCGCUGGACAACGCUUUGGCUGAAAGCAGGUUCUGGAGGGCCGUGCUGGAAAACCGACUACGUUGCCAUUCCGCAGGAUGCAGAGAUGCGGCGCUUCGUGGGCAUCACGGGCAGUGAAUAUAGAAGCGACAUGGCUCUGGACGGCCUCGGUGUUCGUGUCGGCGUACCUGUUCUGGGGCUAGAACACCUUGCCUGCGAUUUUGCAUGGGGCGCGCGCAGAUGGCUCAACACGGGCAACGUCAGUUGGCAGCGUGCCCGUGGCCAGGCCACCGAUGGAGAAGGGCUUGGUCUUUUCCUACAUGAUGACUGGAUCGAGCUCAGUGUCCUGGAGGUGGAACGCAAGACAGAGUUCGCUAGCUGGUCGACCUUGUUUACGGAAAGGGGAGACACUGGCGCAGCUUGGAAGGGUGCCUCCAUCCGAGUGCCCGAAGGCACUGUUGGCCUUCGGCUCCUAGCCAGCCUUUCUGCAGGGGAAAAAGCGAAAGUUGGUGUGAUCUCCCUUGCAGAUGUUGUGUCCGGUUUUGCAAAUCUGACCUGCAGCUUCGAAGUCGAUCAUUGCGGUGGUUCGAUGGGCCACAAUCGUCUGUCACGGGCCGUCCUGAUGAGUUCCGUGUUCCCUGCGGCCGCCAGCAAGUUCUUCUUGGAGUUUGCUGAUCACAUGACGGGCUCAGAGAUAACCAGCCUGGAGUUGCAGUACCUCCAUCGAGACACUAGGUCCAUUGCCUUCUCACUGUAUGGAAGCUUCUACCACAACUGUGCCGUCUUCUUCACGCGUGGCCUGAAGUCUUGGGAACGCGGACUUGAUGGCCAUACUGGCUACGGCGCCACAGACACGAUCGGCGACGGUCCUGGGGAGAUGGGCGUCAACCUUCCCUUCGUGGAUCUGGGUGGCCAAAAGCCAGCGCAGGUGGAUUGUGGCGAAAUUCACUGUUGCGCUGUUCUCGAUGGCGGAGCCGGCGGAGCCGGCGGAGCAGUGAGAAAGAGCAUUGGCGACGGGCCCAUGGAGAUGGGAAAAAAUCUGCCCACGGUGGAUUUGGGGACGGGAGCCACCGCGCUCGAGGUCGUUACCCAUUCAUAUCAUACCUGCGUGUUGCUGCGCGGUGGCUCCGUGAAGUGUUGGGGACGCGGAUCGAGCCUCGGCUUGGGUGACGAGUGCGUGGAUCCGUUGGCAGCAGCAGGGUUGGACCUUUUGGACGACUCUACGUAUGAGCGGCAUUUUGUCACGGCCAUUCUAGCGGACGUCAUUGUGGUGGCCGCGUGCUCAUAUGGUCUUGAUCGCGUCCGAGAAAGUGAUGGAUCCUUCCGCUCUCGCAAGUCUGCCGAGUAUCCACCCAUGCUUGCACAGGCGUAUGCCAACUUGGUAGCUCCCCUGUUUGAAGCAUCCUUGUCCCUUGGGGCUGUCGAUAGACUCAAAGACCCGCAGAGGCUCAGAGCACACGUAGCAGAGGAGCGCGAUGAGCCGCUCUUGUCCCCUUCGGACGUCGUAUCGGACAUUCCUCCCAGCAAUGUCUUCGUGCCCACGGGCGACGACCCCUUCAUCCCACCCGAGCUCAUCACUUGUGAGGGGAAUUGGUCAGGCGCGGAGAAGGAACCGGAGUUGUUCCGCUCCUUGGUGCAGCAGGAGGAGCGAUGGCCCUCCAUGACGGCGGUGGGAAAAUGCAGUGUGGUGCAGGUGAUUGCCAUGGGGAAGGAGCUCACGUUGAAAAGGGAUGGAAGGGUGGAGUCGCUGGUACGUUGUGUUGUUGUACUGCUCGCAAGGCUCCUCGCUUUCCAUCGCUUGCAUCCCUUGCCGCUUCCGGGCCCGGGCGCUUUGCAUCUUCUCAUCGUAGAGAACCUUCCAGCGAUGCCCCAUUUGAACAUAGAGAAGCAUUUGGUGUUUCUCUUGCACCUUGGUGAGGCUGUUGGCGAUCGUGGCAUCCCCGUGCACCCAGCUGAUUGUGGUCUGGAAUCUUUCCAGGUUCUCUCUCAGACUGAGCGCCUCAAUGUCGCUGCGCUUUUCUGCCCCCUUGACUGUGAGAAUGGGAGUAUUCAGCUUGUCAAACAGGUUCUUGGCGUCAGUGACCAGAUGGCCACCAAUCUGUCUCAUUACUUCGGAUGGCCUCCUCGAAUUCAAUGGAUAUCCAAGGAGUUCGCCCCGCGUGAGACGAAGGUAGAAGAGGUCAUCGUCUCCGUCCGCUGCGGCCAUGGUUUCUGCAGCUGCCGGGGACCUGCAGACCCUCUCAUCUUUCCGGAUCUCCAGUACAUUGGAGACACGUUAGCUUCUCUACCUUACCGAAGGUCUCCGUUGGACAUCCCAAUGAACACGCCUUCGGUGCUAUCUUUCCCAUUGGGACGAUUUGCCCAUGCCGCAUCUGUCCAGCGUGUGAACUCCAACACAUCUCCAGGUCUGAAGCUGUGGAUGCGGCUCCCAAGGACUGCUCGCAUCUCGCUCUUCUCCCUGUCUGUGGUUGGAAGCUCUGUCUGCCUGGAGAAGCGCUGCUUCAGCUUUUCCAUCAAAGAUUGGCUCGGACUGAAGACGGGUGUACCCGAUGCUUUGGAGGUAGUUGCAGACACUUCUGUACCAAUGAAGGGGUUGAAGAUGUCGUUCGUGUACCUCAACCUGCUUGCGUUUGAGGCGUUGACAAACAUAAGCGGUGGGGUUGGCCAGGAACUUCUUCAUUCCUCGCUUAGAGUCUGGAAGAUCGAUCCCAAUCUCGACGGCAGAGAGAUCGGUGCCCUCACUGGUGACCAGGAGGAGCUCGAUCUCCGGCCGGCGCCUCAAGAGGUUCUCCGCUGCGCUUUUCCCCGCGUCGGGGAUUCUCUUUGGGUGCUUUGGCGCUGCCGCCAGUGCCAGAAGAUUCUGGCGAUCGUUUGCCCCUCAUUCUGUGAGUUGGAUGGAGGAGCAAUUCAUCUGGCUGAUGGUCGUCUUCCUCCUCCGAACGAGGUGGUGGCCGAGGAGGAGGCGCCGACAGAAGACCCAUAA